ACUAAGCUGCGGAGUAUGUAUGAUCUAUCGCACACAUCACCUACCGAUCCGCUUACGGUUGUGGCGGAACGUUUGCAGACAGAAGGGACUGGUGCAUUUCUCAGCGAAUCUCUGGCGGAUAACCGUCCAACAGUGAAGAUGUGGGGUCUCUCUUCUGCAACCGACGAGAGUAAUGUGGGAUAUUAA